GCAACAGUGAGAAAUGGGGAAUGGCCUACUAACUAACUAAGUGCAUGCCACGUAAGAAAUGGCCCCACAAAAUGACGCGAUCUAGCCCAGCCGUCUCCAUCGAUGAUACCAAAGAGCUGCAGCAGCAGCAGCAGCUAUGCCUAUGCACACUGAAGAAGAAGAUCUAUCUUGUACAAUCAGACAUCUCUCUCUUCUCUCUCUCAAUCAGUAGUGAUUUGAUAUAAUCCGGCCAACAUCUCGCCGGGAACGGAAACUCACUCUUUACAUCAUGGCUAUGGCCUUCUCCCUCUCCCGCACUCUCCCCCGAUCUAGGAUCCCAGCUGAUAUCUCUUCUCAUUCUAACCCUGGAUUCUCUCCUCUCUUCGAAUCUUCCAAAUAUUCUGGACCUCACCUUCUUCGCCAUGGAUCUUCUCAGCUUCUCCUCACUUCCUCCAGGAAAAGGAUCACCUUAAAGGCUUCUAUUGAUGGUGUUGAUUCCCUGGGUUCAACCUCAUUGACAUCUGAGCAGGAUAGUGAUUAUGUGCCUAUGCCAGUUGUUAUGAUUGAUCAAGAUUCAGAUGUUAGUGCAACAAUUGUACAAGUCAGCUUUGGGGAUCGACUUGGUGCUCUUCUUGACACGAUGAAGUCAUUGAAAGAUUUGGGUUUGGGUGUGACAAAAGGAACGGUCACAACUAAUGGAUCUGAGAAACAAACUAAAUUUUUCAUCACAAGAUUAUCAACUGGGCGUAAAGUUGAGGAUCCUGGCCUCUUAGAGAGAAUUCGUUUGACAAUUAUUAAUAACCUUUUGAAAUAUCACCCGGAGUCCAGUGAGAAACUUGCGAUGGGUGAGGUUUUUGGGGUUAAAGCACCAGAGAAGAAGCUUGAUGUUGAUAUUACAACUCAUAUAAAAGUCAAGGAAGAUGGCCCUAAGAGAAGUCUGCUUUGUAUAGAGACUGCUGAUCGACCUGGGUUGCUGUUAGAGAUGAUCAAAAUUAUGUCUGAUAUUAAUGUGAAUGUGGAAUCCGCUGAGAUUGAUACUGAAGGUUUGAUAGCCAAGGAUAAGUUUCAUGUUAGUUACAGAGGCGCAGCUUUAAACAGUUCACUCUCCCAGGUGCUGAAAAAUUGCCUCCGUUACUACCUUAGGAGGCCAGAUACGGACGAAGAUAGUUAUUAGGGAAGGAAGCAUGUGACAUAUCGGUUCUAAAUUCAACAAUUUAUGUGUCGUUAACUAAUCUGAAGCUUCAGUAGCGAUUUGACUUACAUUAUCACAUUGUCGUUCCUUCCAACUGUAUUGCCAUUAUAUUUCUCUCCAAAAUGAUCAGAUGCAUGGAUGCUUCUCUUAUCAAUAAAACAUCAUGUAUUUUCUUCA